AUAACUAUUAAGGACAUUAUGCUGAAUCGAAAUUAUGGUAAACCUUUUUCUUACCGUUCCUUUUACAAAUCCCUCUACAUGAAGGGCUUUAAAAGGCGAAAGACGAAAGCCCGUCGCUUGCAGCAACGUUUACGCAAACUUUUGGAACGUGAAGGCAGUUUACUGCAGAAGAUCCCCAAAUUGUCCCUCCAUCAGAGCAGAUUCCUGCUGGCUGAAUGCAUUCAAUUAUUACAGCAACAGAGCCGACAUCUCCAAAACAAUUUCCAUCACGAUGAACGCAACAACAGAAAGCUGCAGAUAAUUUCACGGAAAUUAGGACGUCAUAGAUCUGAAAGCAUUAUUCUCAAAAACUCUUUAAACAACUUAAGAAGAACAUUUUAUGAGCAUGGGAUUGAAAAUACAAUAGAUAACAAGGGAGCAAUUUUAAAAUCUCAACUUAAAGAAUUGAGAAUGUUGACAAAAAGCAAUUUAAAAGAAGCUAAGCAAUGUUUUCGAUUGACAAAGGAUAUUAUGGUAUAUAAGUUAAGACACGUGAGGAGGAAAAGUAGGUCGAAAAAAAAAAGUGAUUUCGAAAAAGCAAUCGAUCAGUUCUUCAAUGCCAUUAAAAUUCAUAAGAAAAUCAAAACACAACAGAUUAUUAAUGACUUUGUGUCAAAGCCCCGAUCAAAAGGGCCCUAUGAGGUAUCAUCUGUUUCAUCAACAAAUCAAGAUCUAGAGACAAAAAUAUUAAAUAAAUAUCAAGCUGGAAAAAAAGCUAUAAUAUGGUCACAAGAAACAAACCUAAUGAAAAAAAAAGAUAGUGAUUUACCUAAUGAGAAUUUGAAGGACUCCAACAUCAAUUAUUCAGUGUAUCAGACAAAGGGUUAUAUCAAAGACUUACCAGAAUCGAAGGUACCGAUUAAAGUUUUUCCCCGAAAGAAUAUCGACAAAGAAGAAAAUUUGCACAGAUAUUUCAAACCAAUUCCCUAUGACGAUAUAAAAGAUAAGGUAAAAAGGAAUAACAAAAUUGAGACAAAAUUAAAAAAAAAAAAAAGAAUACCAAUAGAAGUAUGGCAACUAAAGAAGGAGAAGAAGGAUUUCCUUACAAGGAGGCAAAUCAACUUCAAAAUAAAGUAAAAACUAAGUUGAAGAGUAAAUUUCCCAAGAUUAAAAUGUGGCUGGGAAGUCACAAAAGGGCCCCAAGAAAA